AUGGCUCCUGGACUGUUCACCCCGGAUGUCAUGGCACUGAUAAUAUUAUUUGCAGGGUCUGACAGACCAGGCCAGCCUGGAGCCAGAGGAGAGCCCAUAACCGCAAACAGGUCCAGAAAGGGCCUAGCGAACGCCAGCAAAUUAAAAAUAAUCAGUCCAAGCCUGCAAGACCUGUCCCAUGGGCCAUGGGCCGUGGCAUCCUCUCGGGCCAUUCCCAGUCUCUGGGUAGUGUGGAGCGGCGUUGAGCCAAUGGGAUGGGCCCCAGUCUGGCCCGUGUCCAAGGAUCAAAGAGGUAAGCAACAUGCUCUGCUCCCUCUGUUGCUCGCUGAAGGCCAGGAAAACGUUGGGUUACCGAGUACCUAG